AUGGCUUCAGACUUCAAUUUGAAUGAUGACAUGGAUGAAGAUGCUGCUGCUAAUGAUGCUGAAAUGUUUCAGUAUGAUCUCAACUUUGUCUACGAUGAUGGGAUUGACUCAGAAAAUAACCAUGACAACAUUGUGUUUGACUUAAACCAAACUCCUUCCCCUGAUGCAACAGAUGCAUCUGAACCAGCAAUCAACCAUAUAGAGACAGCAGCUAACAACAGCAAUCAACAAGCAACAUCAGAUCACCAAGACACAGCAAGCAACAUCAACAAUCAGCAAACACCAAUCAACCCAGAAAACUCUGAAGCUCAUCAUCAGCCAACAAGGAGGAGACUCAGUAGUGGGGCCAAGUUAGACAUAUUGAUAUGGCUAUUAACAAGGUCAACAAAUGGAAACCUGAAAUAUGGAUCCAUUCAACAGGCAGCCAAUCAUUUCAAUCUGUGCUCAAGAACUAUUCUCAGAAUAUGGAAAAAGGGGAAGGAACAAAGGGAUGCACAGUUACAGUACAACAUGUCAACAGGCUUCCACAAUUGUGGAAGAAAGAGAAUAACAAUUCCAAAUGAUGCCAUAAGGGCAGUGGCAAUGGGGAACAGAUCAUGCCAAAGGGACUUGGCAGUAAUGUUAAAUGUUGGUAAAAGCACAAUCCAGAGACUGAUUGAGAGAGGGGAAGUCAGACCUCACACAAAUGCAUUAAAGCCAAAGCUUACACCAGCAAACAGAUUAGAUAGGCUGAGAUUCAUACUUAACAGCAUUGUAGGAGAUUCACCAGGCACAAAAAGAGUGUACCAGUCAAUGUACAAUACAGUACAUAUCGAUGAAAAAUGGUUUACACUGACUAAAAAACCACAUAGGUCAUAUUUAGCAAAAGGAGAAAAAGGUCCACAUAGAGUAAUGCAAUCAGCCAAGUUCAUUCCAAAAUUCAUGUUCCAAGGAGCAGUUGCAAAACCUUGGUACAAUGCAGAAAAAGAAGUCAUUUUUGAUGGGAAAAUAGGCAUUUUUCCAUUUGCAAAAAAGGAGCCAGCACUUAGGUCCUCAAAAUACAGGAAAAAAGGGAGAAAUGGUCACAAAGGGUUCACUUUUAUAUUAACUCAGCAACCACCAAACAGUCCAGACAUGAAUGUUCUGGAUUUGGGCUUUUUCAGAAGCAUUCAAUCAUUUCAACACAAGAAAAUGGCAAAGACACCAGACCAGUUGAUAAAGGCUGUUGAAGAUGCAUAUAGUGAGCUACCUCCUAAUAGGCUGUUCAAGGUGUGGGUAACUUUGUGCCACACAAUGAACCAAAUUCUGAAAAGUAAAGGUUCUAACAGAUUUGAACCUCCACAUGUUAACAAAGAUAGGUUGGAAAGAGAGGGAAGGCUACAAGAUCCUAUAGAAGCUCCGAUGUGGGCUGUGAUUGAUGCAUGGGAGAUAGUGUACAUGGACAAGCCAGACUCAGAUGAUGAGCAAGACACUGAAGAGGUCAACAUUGACAACACACAAGAAUUGAAGAGCACAACACACAGACCAAACACAGAGGCAUAUAGGCCUGUUAUGGCAAAUGAUCAUGAAGCAUCUACUUCAAAUGCCAAUGCAGAGUAG